ACAGUGCAGUGGGGUGCCUGGGCUGCUCCAGAGCCCCAGGCCCUAGCAUCAUCCCGAGCCAGGCUGCAGGGGCAUCUGAGGCUGCAGGGUGUGCAGACCCAGAGAGCCAGGCAGAGGUGGCACCUCAUCCCCUCCCCUCCCCCCCACCCCGCCCCAGCUACACUGACCCCGACGGCCGCUGUCCUGGGCUCCUGCCACCUGGCCAGAUGAAGGCGGGCACCUACAAGCUGUUCUUCGACACCGAGGGCUACUGGAAGAAAAGGGGGCAAGAGAGCUUCUACCCGUAUGUGGAGGUAGUUUUCACCAUCACCAACGAGACCCACAAGUUCCACGUCCCCCUGCUGCUGACCCCCUGGUCCUACACCACGUACCGCGGGAGUUGACCGCCAGCUGGCCUCGAGCACCGAUCCCAUCACCGUGGCCCCUAACCCACCCCCAGCCCUCCACAGAGGGUUCCAUGCUCGUCAUGGGGCCUCAGGCCCCACUUUCUAUGGGGGGUUCUGGCCCCUCAUUUCCCAGUGGCAGCUGUGACUCGGGCAUCAAUAAAGUCGGUGCUGGCAUCUGCA